UCAGCAGAAGCGGUGAAAUUCUGCACUGUUUAUUUAACAUUCUAAUUGGCUUCGCAUUUGCUUCAUCUCAUAUUAACAUUUUCAAUCAAAUGCAUUUGAUAAGUGGCCCUCAAAGGUACAAUAAGGCAAUUCCUCCCUGAAUAUCUUUGCUGACAUUUGGAGUUCCUGCUGAAAAAAAACAUAUUCAGAAAUUGGUUUCUCCACGCACAUCUAUUCUGCAUAUAAACAAAAAAAAAAUUGCAUGUCUGAUAUUUUACAUGUUGUUAUUCAAACACUAUCAAUUACUCAUUAGUGUAAAGGCAAAAUAAAACCUCAAGCUGAUCACUCAACCUUUACUGUUAAAUGAUUUCACAAUUCAUUCUUGAUGUUAGAUUCACUCCCACCUACAAUUCCUGCCAAACUGUACUUGAAAUGAUACCUUACUUAGAAUAAUUGCACUGAUAGAAUUAAAUAGAUUCUUAAGCCAAUUUAGAAAUGUAACACAGGCAUUUUGCACCAGUUAAAUCACUGGUCUCUGCACACACCUCUAGCACCAGUAACCUUACAUGUCAUUAUGAAUUAAACCUGCAUAACGUAACUGAAUUUACCAGCAUAAACACCAAUUGUGGUUGGCAUUUAGAUCAGAGUAGCAUCAGCAUAAUUGCAUAAAGUAUUUAAUUUCUGCCCCACACCCAUAUUUAUGGCACAGCAUAUAAUUUCAGACUUACCACCCUUGCAGCUACUCUUUAAAUAAACAUACACAAGAUGUGUGCUUUUUCUAGAGGCACAUUUUAUCACCAAUAGUAUCUGGGCAUGUAAGUGGUUUUAACACCCUUACUUUAGCUUGGCUCACAGAAAUCACUUAUUUGUGUCUGUGAGUCUGAAAACUGAUUCAAAGAGAAUUCAAAUCAUAUCUCCUGGAACAGGGAAACAACAACCCAUCUUCUUUUAAAUCCUGAGUCCAGGCAAAGGGCAAGAUUAGCUGUAGAGUAAGAAUUGGCCAAAUUGGGACCCCCUUAUGGCUAUCAGGAGCUGGGCCUCUCCCUGAUCCACAUAAAAGUAGGAUUGCCCCGCUUUGUUUGCUACCAUCUACUCACCGUUAGAGGAAAGGGAAAAGGGGAUAUGAUAGCAGAGAGUGAAAAGCAGAAGGCUGCUUCUGAUCUCAACAUGGGCAGAAUCUUGCAGGCAUGGGGUCUAAACCCCAUGUGUUUGUCUUUAUCAAACGGUGUGCAUGAGUAAUGGCAAAAGGGUCAGUGCAGGGUAUGAAGUCCCAGAAUAUGGUUCAGGAUAAGGGCCCCUCACCCCAGCUCCCUGAAGGAGCACAGCAGGAUCCAGGAAAAGGAGAGAAAGUUCCAGUGCCUAGUUCCAUUUUGAAGUUCAUAAUAAUAAAUGCUAUUUGUAACCUACACGUACAUAAUAUAUAUUCAUAAAUACUGGACCACAAAAAACAAGGCAUUUUGUUCCAUGGCUCAUUUUUUUAUUUUAGACACAGAGUUUGGGGGUGAAGGAUUCAGUUUAAGAGAGCAGAGACUUAAACUUAGGUUUCACUUUAAAUUAGGCUAUUUUUAAAGAGCAUGCAUGAAAUAGGAAAAUGUUAAAACCUCAUUUUAAUAUAAAUCAUUUUUGCUUUUAAAAAAAAAUGUGUUUUAUCCGUCAUGGUGGCAUCACCCAAUUUUUAUAUUGAAAUGUUUUGACUCUCACUGACAUGAACAGUAAAAUCACAAGGGCUAGAUUGCUGGUGAUUAGAAUGCUUCAAAAUGAUGGGGAGGUUGGAAUCCUGUUUUGAUUUGUACUUAGGAUAGUAGUCCAGCAUUUGAGGCAAGAGACCCUGUUCACAUAAAUGGAAAGGAAGAAGUAGUGUCUAAGAACUGAAUCUGUACUCAUCGUCUACCCUUUGAGCUCUUUAUAUGAAGGGUGCACUUGUCUAAAUUUUGUUCAGGCUGAGGAAAUGCUCCCUGUGACUUCGCUGCCCUAGAUCAAGACAAUUUCACUGGCAAACCAACCUGCCUGCACACUGUGCCUCUUGUGAUGUCAUCCUUCUUAGAACUAUAACUGAACAAUGAUGUAACAGGUCCGCCAUAAGAAAAUCUCUUUUGGCAGAUCAACUGAGGUUUCUUCUGGCCUUCCUGGGAAUUGGUUCAGUUUGUUCCAAACAGUGUUUGAAGUAGAGACUGAGCAAAAGGAUGUGACAGAUGAUGGUCUAGAUAACCAAAAAGUGCCAAAGGAGGCUUCAAAGCUGGCGGAACUGUCUUUGGAGCCUUGGACUGAUGUCAAGACUCCAUUUCAAGAACAUCAAGGCCAGUCUUAUCCUGCUAAGCAGUCCAAUAAUGCAGACGUCUGCAGUUGGCCAAAACACUGGCACUGCCAGCAGAUACGGCCUUCUUCACGACAAGCCAAUGAGGUUGGAAAGGGGCAUGGCUGGCCAGAUUAUGGAGGACUUAUCCAGCCACAACCUAGUUCUCUACAUGUGGGAGGAUGCAUUUGUGAAUCAUAUGUUACAAGCUGCUGUAAAAAAGCAGAGAAAACUCACCCAGUGUUUCACAUCCAUGGAAACCAGAAGCCCAAGUUCAAGGCAAAAAUGGAAAGCCAACGAUUUCAAAAGAGAAGAUUCAAAACCAGAUGUCAGAAAGGCCCUGCUCAAUAUAACAAAUAUACUUGCUCAACGUAGCUGCCGAUUUUGCCCACUUUCUAACUUUGGAAGAAGUAAGAAACCAAGAAUUGGGGUCAAAGCUAGGAGCUUGAGAAAGCAUUGAAAGCCAGCACUCAACAAAGUCUGGGGAGGCCUUGGUAAGACACGCAUUUCUCUGCAUGAGUGAUUCUCCCUCCUGAAUUUUGAAGCCAAAACUGAAUGUUUAAGAAAUAGUCAGUGUAAGCUACAUCAGUGCUAAGGAUUUUUUCCAAGGCUGCUCCACUACAUUCAACUUAAUUUCACAAUAAAGUUUUAACUGUAAAACUAAUAGUAUUGGAAGGGUUUUAAAAGAAUCCUAACAACUCAAGAGUAAUUUAUUUGAUUAUUAUCUUGCCAUUUCAAUACAGAAUAAUUCCAUAUUCUCUGCACCUCCAUUCCCUCCCCCCCCUCUCUGUGGAGCUUAGCUCUGGUGGUUAGAGCAUGGUGCUAAUAAUACCAAGGUUGCAGGUUCAAUCCCCAUAUGGGACAGCUGAAUAUUCCUGCAUUGCAAGGGGUUGGACUAGACGAUCCUCAGGGUCUCUUCCAAGUCUACAAUUCUAUGAAAUGCCUCCACACAUUCCUAUCAUCAUCUCCUGCUUGGAUUUCUAAAACAGAUUUUGGGGGGGAGCACAAGAAUCUCUUAUAAGCCCCUGUAGUGCGCGCAGAAGCAUCGCUCACUAGUUCCACUCACUGUGCACAACAUAAGGCAUUUUUUUAAAAAAAUAUAAUAACCCCCUCCCCAUAAGAAAUACAAAAAUGUCCCAAACCAAGGGUUUUUUAUUCAUUAUGAGUGGCUGUAGAGUUCUUCCAACACCAACAAAAACGUAUGCAACUCUAGCAGAAUAAGUCUCAACCCUCUUGUCACCAUCAUUUGUCAAGGAGCCUGCUCCCUCUGCAACAGCAAGGAGGCUAAGACACAUCACCUGAACUUUGCAGAAACCCAGAAGACAAUGGUCUCCUUUAAGUUUCCUUCUAGCAGGAAGAGAAAUGUCUCAAGUUUCUUCCAUAAGAUAAGCACUUUGCAAGUAUCACUAUUCUGUGAAUAUGCUAAACCUGAGAAAUUCAGGCUCUUGUUUGAAUGGAUACUGACUGGCUUUUCCCCAUGCUAGCCCCCUCACCCCCCACCCCAGGACAUCCCAGAACAUAAAAACAACUAGUUUUGAACAAAAGCUCUGUCAAUUCCUGCCCAAAUUGAGCCCACGCUGUUGGCAUGCUAAGAAAUACAGGUCCUCACUGGAACUGAUUUUUGGAUUUCUACCCGGCAUAAGGUUUGUUAGAAAACACUGUUUGUUUUCUUUCAAUGCAACUUUGCUCUUGAAUCUCCAACAAUCAUAUUAAAUGACCAUCAUCUAGACCUUGUUAGAACAAUUUAAGAAUGCGACAUUCAAAUCAGUUAGUACACAUUAGGGUCAAGAGCACGUGUAAAAGAAGCACCUCUCAGUGCUCCUACUGCCCAGGGCGGGCAGAGGCCUGACAGUCUACAUAUUGUAAUUAACAAAGGGCCUAAAUCUGCUACUCUCUAAACAUAACACUGAGAAAACCUAGGGUUUGUUGGUGAUUCCAGUCUUCUGAUUUUUUUUAAAAAAACCUAUAAAAAUCUUCACACACCACUGCAAGGGCACCACCCUUUUCCAGCACAUGUACAAGCUGUACUUGUACAUGUAUAAGACUAUGUUUUUUUCUUUAAAAAUAAUGCUUAAAAGUGGGGGUUGUCUUAUACAUGAGUAGUGCCUAGGGUGGACGUUUGAUUGGUUACUGCUGAGGCUGUCAGCGGCUGUGGUGCGUGUUAUUGGUUGCUGUGUCAAUGGGUGGUGUUGAUUGGCUGAUGCUCCGGCAGUUGUACAGGUGACUGGCAUCUUCUGCCAGCGAUGGGACAGACGGGAGGUGGAUUUAGCAACGUGUGUGG